CCAGCGACGGGGCCGGGCGGGGGUGCUCCCCGCCAGGCUGGGCCCUUCGGCACUGCCAGCUUCUCUACUCAGAGUUGACUGGCUCGAGAUUUAUCCGCUUGGAGGGCUGGAGGUGAAUACAGGCAGAGCCUGGGAAGAGGGAAGCGAUCAGACUGCCUGCUCUGUCUUCAACUGCGUUCUGGGCAGUGGGAGUCUAGCUCCUUAGAGGUCGGCUCUUCAACAUCUACCUCUGGUGGGGUGGAGGGUUAAGUUUCCUUGACCCUGAAGAGCUACCUGUCCUGCAGGUGUGGAUCCAUGGGGUAGCCCCAGCACAUGUGCCCCUCUGCCCCAGCCAGCUCAUGCCUCAGCACCUGGGGGCAGUGAAGAGAGCCCUAGCUAGAGCCCAGACAUGUGGGGCCUGGUGAGGCUCCUGCUGGCCUGGCUGGGUGGCUGGGGCUGCAUGGGACGCCUGGCAGCCCCAGCACGGGCCUGGGCAUGGUCCCGGGGGGGCCCAGGACCAGCACUGCUGCGGACCCGAAGGAGCUGGGUGUGGAACCAGUUUUUUGUCAUCGAAGAAUAUGCCGGUCCAGAGCCUGUGCUCAUUGGCAAGCUACACUCAGAUGUGGACCGGGGUGAGGGCCGCACCAAGUACCUGCUGACCGGGGAGGGGGCAGGCACCGUGUUUGUGAUUGACGAGGCCACAGGCAAUAUCCAUGUCACCAAGAGCCUGGACCGGGAGGAGAAGGCACAGUAUGUGCUACUGGCCCAAGCUGUGGACCGAGCCUCCAACCGUCCCCUAGAGCCCCCAUCAGAGUUCAUCAUCAAGGUGCAAGACAUCAACGACAAUCCCCCCAUCUUUCCCCUGGGGCCCUACCAUGCUACAGUGCCUGAGAUGUCCAACGUUGGGACAUCAGUGAUCCAGGUGACUGCUCACGAUGCCGAUGACCCCAGCUAUGGGAACAGCGCCAAGCUGGUGUACACUGUGCUGGAUGGCCUGCCUUUCUUCUCUGUGGACCCCCAGACUGGAGUUGUGCGCACCGCCAUUCCCAACAUGGACCGAGAGACGCAGGAGGAGUUCUUGGUGGUGAUUCAGGCCAAGGACAUGGGUGGCCACAUGGGGGGGCUGUCGGGCAGUACUACGGUGACGGUCACCCUCAGUGAUGUCAACGACAACCCCCCCAAGUUCCCUCAGAGCCUGUACCAGUUCUCCGUGGUGGAGACAGCUGGGCCGGGCACCCUGGUGGGCCGGCUUCGGGCCCAGGACCCAGACCUGGGCGACAAUGCCCUCAUGGCAUACAGCAUCCUGGAUGGGGAGGGGUCUGAGGCCUUCAGCAUCAGCACAGACGCCCAGGGUCGAGAUGGGCUCCUCACCGUCCGAAAGCCCCUAGACUUCGAGACUCGUCGCUCCUACUCCUUCCGUGUGGAGGCCACCAACACGCUCAUCGACCCAGCCUACCUGCGGCGAGGGCCCUUCAAGGAUGUGGCCUCCGUGCGCAUAGCUGUGCAGGAUGCCCCAGAGCCACCUGCCUUCACCCAGGCUGCCUACCAUCUGGCAGUGCCCGAGAACAAGGCUCCUGGGACCCUGGUGGGCCAGGUCUCAGCCACUGACCUGGACUCCCCGGCCAGCUUGAUCAGAUACUCCAUCCUCCCCCACUCUGAUGUGGAGCGCUGCUUCUCUAUCGAGCCUGAGGACGGCACCAUCCGCACAGCUGUGCCCCUGGACCGCGAAGCUCGUGUAUGGCACAACCUCACAGUGCUGGCCACAGAGCUCGACAGCUCCGCACAGGCCUCCCGCGUGCAAGUGGCCAUUCAGACCUUGGAUGAGAAUGACAAUGCUCCCCAGCUGGCUGAGCCCUAUGACACCUUUGUGUGUGAUUCUGCAGUCCCUGGCCAGCUGAUUCAGGUCAUCCAGGCCCUGGACAGAGACGAAGCUGGCAACAGCAGCCGUGUCUCCCUUCAAGGUCCUCUGGGCCCUGAUGCAAACUUCACUGUCCGGGACAACCAAGAUGGCUCUGCCAGCCUGCUGCUGCCUUCUCGUCCGGCCCCACCGCGCCAGGCCCCCUACCUGGUUCCCAUAGAACUGUGGGACUGGGGGACACCAGCACUGAGCAGCACCGCCACAGUGACCGUCAGCAUGUGCCGCUGCCGGCCUGAUGGCUCCGUGGCAUCCUGCCGGCCUGAGGCUCAGCUCUCACCUGCCGGGCUCAGCACGGGGGCCCUGCUUGCCAUCAUCACCUGUGUGGGCACCCUGCUUGCCCUGGUGGUGCUCUUCGUGGCCCUGCGGCACCAGAAGCAGGAAGCCCUGAUGGUGCUGGAGGAGGAGGAUGUCCGGGAAAACAUCAUCACAUACGACGAUGAGGGCGGUGGAGAAGAGGACACGGAGGCCUUCGACAUCAGCGCCCUUCAGAACCCCGAUGGGGCAGCCCUGCCGGUCCCUGGCCCCCCCGGGCGCCGUGACGUGCUACCCCGGGCCCGGGCGCAGCGCCAGCCCCGGCCCCCCGGUCCCGCCGACGUGGCGCAGCUCCUGGCACUGCGGCUGCGCGAGGCGGACGAGGACCCCAGCGUGCCGCCCUACGACUCGGUGCAGGUGUACGGCUACGAGGGCCGGGGCUCGUCCUGUGGCUCCCUCAGCUCCCUGGGCUCCGAGGCCGGCGGCGCCCCCGGCCCCGCGGAGCCACUGGAUGACUGGGGGCCGCUCUUCCGCACCCUGGCGGAGCUGUAUGGGGCCAAGGAGCCCCCGGCCCCCUGAGAGCCGGGCUGCCCUGCCAGCCAAGGUGGGGUAGCCCGCGCAGGCCCUCUGAGUGAGCCCCAGGGUCCAAGCAGGCGGCAGCAGCCCAGGGGUCCCAAGCCUCUUCCCAUCCCUGUGUUCCUCCUCCCAGCUUCCUCAGAGCAACCUUCUUCUCACCUUCCUCCUCCCGAGUCUUCUGUGUCCCCUCCAGGGAUCUCUGUCCCUGGGACACUGUCCGGGUCUCCGUUGUGUGGCUCCAACUCAGUCUCCCUCUUCUGUCACUGUGAUUCCACCUUCACCAAGGCUCUGCUUUUGUCUCUCCGAUUCUAAGUCUCUCAUACAUGCUUUGUCUCCCUUGCCCCCACACAUACGCUCUGUGUCUGUCUCUUGCCCACAUCUGCUUCCCAUUUCUCUCUGGGUCCCUGUGGAUUUUUGGGUUUUUUUUCCAUUGUUCAUCCCAAAAGCAAGAGAAACUUCCAGCCACUGCUGCCCACCUUCCUGCAGGGGACAUUCUGCCCCAGGUCAGUGCCCCUAGAUUGUGUGGGGCAGGGGUGGCCUGAGGCCAUCCCUGACUCACUCUCUCUAACUGGGCUCUCCUGUCUUUACAGACC